AUGAAGACUUACCGCUUGGGACUGAGACAAGAGAAGGGCAUUCUUAGCAGAGUUACAGAAUCUGUCAAGAAUAUUGUUCCUGGAUGGCUGCAGAGGUAUUUCAACAAGAAUGAGGAUGUAUGCAGCUGCUCAACAGACACGAAUGAAGUGCCACCCUGGCCUGAAAAUCGAGAGGAGGACCACCUCUAUGCAGAGGAGGAGAGCGCUCAUGUAAAUGAUGGGAGGGUCCCUCCUGAGCCAACAGCCAGUAAUACAGAAGAGCCCUCAACAACUAGUUCUGCUUCAAACUAUCCAAAUGUAUUAACAAGGCCUUCUCUUCAUCGGAGCCAUCUGAAUUUCUCCCUGCUGGACUCCUCUGCAUUACACUGUCCACCAUCCACCUCUUCAGCGUUCCCAGUCGGCAGUUCUGGGUUUUCUCUUGUAAAGGAAAUUAAAGAUUCUACCUCUCAGCAUGAUGAUGAUAACAUCUCAACUACUAGUGGCUUUUCUUCGAGAGCUUCUGAUAAAGAUAUAGCUGUUUCAAAGAACACUUCAGUGCCACCUCUGUGGUCCCCAGAGGCCGAACGUUCUCAUUCACUCUCACAGCACACUGCCACCAGCUCAAAAAAACCAGCAUUCAACUUGUCUGCCUUUGGAGCUCUUUCCCCUUCUCUUGGGAAUUCUUCCAUCCUUAAAACAAGUCAGCUUGGAGAUUCUCCUUUUUAUCCUGGAAAAACAACAUAUGGUGGGGCAGCAGCUGCUGCAAGACAGUCUAAACCACGGAAUACACCUUACCAGGCACCAGUCAGAAGACAGAUGAAAGCUAAGCAACUUAAUGCACAAUCUUACGGGGUGACUAGCUCAACAGCCCGGCGAAUAUUACAGUCUUUGGAAAAGAUGUCAAGUCCUCUAGCGGAUGCAAAAAGAAUUCCAUCUAUUGUUUCUUCAUCCCUGAAUUCUCCUCUUCAUAAGAGUGGGAUAGAUAUCACAGAUUUUCAGACCAAAAGAGAAAAGGUGAACUCUCAAUAUCCCCCUGUUCAGAGACUGGUGACCCCAAAGUCAGUUUCUGUAGCAACAAAUCGAACUGUUUAUUUUAAACCAUCUCUUACCCCAUCUGGAGAAAUGAAGAAGACCAAUCAAAGAAUAGAUAAAAAGCACAAUACUGGAUUUGAAAAAAAUGCGGCAUCAGGACAAAAUAGAGAACGAGAAAGUGGUUUUUCAUACCCAAAUUUCAGUGUGCCUGCAGCCAAUGGAUUAUCUUCUGGUGGUGGAGGCGGCAAAAUGAGACGAGAAAGGACACGCUUUGUUGCAUCGAAACCUCCAGAGGAGGAGGAAAUGGAAGUACCAGAAUUACCGAAAAUAUCUCUACCAAUCACGAGUUCUUCACUGCCUACUUUCAGUUUUAGUUCUCCUGCAGCUGUGACGUCCUCUCCAUCACCCAUCAGUCCUUCACGGUCAUUAACAAACAAGGUACAAAUGACCUCUCCAAGCAGUGCUGCCAGUCCCAUAUUUAGAUUUUCAUCUCCAAUUGUUAAAUCUACUGAGGCAGAUGUACUACCUCCAUCAUCUAUUGGAUUUACAUUUAGUGUGCCCGUUGCUAAAACAACAGAACUUUCUAGCUCCAGUAGUCCUUUAGAGCCAAUAACAAGUAGAUCAGCACAAGAGAAUGCUUCCGUGAACAGUCCACGCUGUACAGAGAAGCAAGAUGAAGCUUGUGAGGGCCCGUUUAGACCUGCAAAAGUCCUGAAGGAAGGAAGUGUUCUAGAUAUUCUGAAAAGCCCUGGUUUCAUGUCACCGAAGGUAGAUUCUUUUGCUGUUCAGGCAACCACAACAAGCCCUGCCGUUUAUACAAGACCGGCAAUAAGUACCUUUUCUCCUAGUGGAAUUGGGCUUGGGGGAAGUUUAAAAGCUGGGUCAUCGUGGCAGUGUGAUACUUGUCUACUCCGGAACAGAGCUACAGACAGCAAGUGCACAGCCUGUCAGGCCGCCAAGCUGCCGCCAAGAGACCCUGCCAAACAGACGGGGAUUGGGACACUGAGUGAAAGUGGCAAGCCAGCUCUUUCUGCCCCGGGGACAGGCUUCGGAGACAAGUCUAAACCAGCAGUAGGAACCUGGGACUGUGAUACGUGUUUAGUGCAAAAUAAACCCGAAGCAGUAAAAUGUGUAGCUUGUGAAACACCCAAACCCGGCACGGGUGUGAAGCGGGUCCUCACUCUCCCGAUGGCUUCAGAAACCACCGUGACUGUGACUGCAUCGUCCUCCAGCUGCACUGCAACCACUGGUACCUUAGGGUUUGGAGAUAAAUUCAAAAGGCCUUUGGGAUCUUGGGAGUGUCCCGUGUGCUGUGUUUCUAAUAAUGCAGGCGACAGGAAGUGUGUGUCCUGUAAGUCUGAGAAACCAGGAAGCUCAGUACCUACUUCCAGUAGCAGCACGACCCCAGCCUCGGUGUCUCCUGGAGGCUUCCUAGGAUUGGAAAAGUUCAAGAAACCUGAGGGCAGCUGGGACUGUGAAGCUUGCCUAGUCCAAAACAAAGCCGAGUCCACCCAAUGUGUAGCAUGUGAAAAUGCAAAGCCAGGCACAAAAUCAGAGUUUAAAGGUUUGGCCACAUCUUCAUCUUUGAACUCAACAGCCGCUUCUUUCACUUUUGGGAUCCCAUCUUCUACUUCUGGGCCUUCUCAGAUGUUAACAAGCACUGGGAAUUUUAAGUUUGGAAAUCAAGGAGGCUUCAAAAUAGGUGUGUCAUCAGAUUCUGAGUCCAUAAACCCCACGAGUGGAGGAGGCUUUAAGUUUUCCAAACCAACAGGAGAUUUUAAAUUUGGAGUUUCAUCUGAUCCUAAACCUGAAGAAGAUAAAAAGGACAGUAAGAAUGAUCAUAAUUUCAAGUUUGGGCUUUCUUCUAGUUUAAGCACUCCGGCUCCUUUAGCUCCCUUUCCGUUUGGAGCUUCUAGUCUUGGGCAGCAGGAGAAGAAAGAGGAACUCCCCAAAUCUUCGUCUGCAGGCUUUAGCUUUGGCACUAGUGUUAUUAACCCCACCCCUACUGCUCCCAAUACCGCAGUGACCUCUGAGAACAAAAGUGGCUUUGGCUUUGGAACCGCAGAAACCAAGAGCGGCCCUGUGGCUCCCUUCACGUGUAAGACGGUGGAAGCCAAAAAGGAAGACACACCUGCCCCCAAACUGGGGUUCACUUUUGGCAGUCUCCCAUCUGCCUCAGUGUUUGCUUUGGGAAGGACAGAGGAGAAACAGCAAGAGCCAGUCACUUCAAGCUCUCUAGUGUUUGGGAAGAAAGCUGACAACGAAGAGCCAAAGUGUCCACCAGUGUUUUCCUUUGGGAAUUCCGAGCAAACCAAAGAGGAGCGUUCUUCCAAGCUGAACUUCAGUUUCGGCUUGGGCAAACAAGCUGAGAAGGAGUCCGAGCAACCGGCCAAGGCCACUUUUGCUUUUGGAGCGCAAGCCAGUACCACAGCUGAUCAAGGAGCAGCAAAGCCAGUUUUCAGUUUCUUGAACAACAAUCCCUCCACCUUAAGCACGCCAACCACGUCUGCCGGAGGUGUUGGAUUUGGUAGCUCCACCUCUUCCUCCAAUCCGCCCGUGGCUGCCUUUGUGUUUGGACAGGCCAGCAAUCCUGUGAGCGGCUCUGCCUUUGGUAACUCAGCUGAAGCCAGCACAUCUCAGGGCUUGCUGUUUUCUCAGGAUAGCAAACCAGCAACCACAUCCAGCACGGCGGCCGCUGUCACCCCGUUUGUCUUUGGUCCAGGAGCCAGCAGUAGUACCACAGCAACCACGGCUUUCAGUUUUGGGGCUACAACCACUUCUAGCUCUUCAGGAUCCUCAUUUGUAUUUGGCACUGGACCUUCUUCAGCACCAUCUGCCAGUCCAGCAUUUGGUGCUAGCCAGACCCCGACAUUUGGGCAAAGUCAAGGUGCCAGCCAGCCUAAUCCUUCUGGCUUUGGAUCUAUAUCAUCUUCAGCAGCAUUAUUCCCAAAUGCUUCUCAGCCCGCGCCUACUUUCGGGACAGUGUCAAGCAGUAGCCAACCUCCGGUGUUUGGACAGCAGCUCAGUCAGUCUGCAUUUGGCUCUGGAGCAGCUCCUAACUCUGGUUCCGUUUUCCAGUUUGGCAGCAGCACCACAAAUUUCAACUUCACAAACAACAACCCAUCAGGAGUGUUUACGUUUGGAGCGAAUCCGAAUCCCAGCACACCGGCAGCCUCAGCCCAGCCUGCAGGCUCCGGGGGAUUUCCAUUCAGCCAGCCAUCAGCAGGAUUUACAGUGGGGUCGAAUGGGAAAAACCUGUUCUCUUCCUCCGGACCUUCAGUUUCUGGUCGCAAGAUAAAGACUGCUGUUAGACGUAGGAAAUAAAAGGUCACAAAGGUGUUACAUAUAACAACUUUACCAACAGUUGGUGCCCUGCUUUCAGAUACUGGAUUGUACUAUGUGCUGGGCUUGUCUGAAGUCAGAUCCGCCUAAGAAUGUCUUCAAUUUUGGAAUUCUUUCUUUACUGAAACCCAACCAUCACCCCCCCACCCCUUUUAUAAAAUAAUAGCUAGCCUGGUGAGUGAUCCUUCAGCAAAAAUAUUUUAUGAUCCAGCAAAUUAUUCACUAAUUGGCAUGGUCUGGCUGAACCCAGGAAUAGAGCCCUUACAGCAAACAGCUUUGUAUAGAACCUCUUCGUCUGCACCACUAUGUGAGCUGAUAUGCGUCUAGGGAAUGCGUGGAAUGUAAUUCUACCGGAGGAAUUCUGCAUCGAUUAGCGGAUGUUGAAAAGAAUGGUUUCUAUGCUGUUUGUGCUGGUGUGUGUGUGAAGUGAGUGAGUUGGGUGUCUUGUGUUCUGAUAGAGGAAGCCUGACUGAAGAAUGGUCCCUGCUAAGGACUUGUUAGAUCCAGUUCUCCAUUUAAUAAUUAUAUGCUAUUUCUAUAUUUUCAUUCUUAUGACUAUCACCUGUCUUGCCUUCAUUAUUUUAUUAUGAAACAUGUGUAAAUACAGUUUUGUUUCUGUACUUUUUUUGGCAUCACAUAAAAUCUGUGAACUUGAAAUUUUGUGUUAGAAAUUUUUUUGUUGUUUGUUUAGUCUCGUCUCAGAUUUUAUUAUGUAAAUCCCAUUAUUCAAAGUUGCCUAGAUCCAUUUGGAAAUCUUAAAAAAAAAAUUGGGGAUUCUUAAAGUGAAUUUAUUGGCUUUUCUGAUCCAGUUUUGUUUUGGACCAAAACCCAGUAUUGUACAAAGUAUUAAGCAUAUAUUUUUAUAUUUACUGAAAUGGACAGUGGUGACUUUGGAUAAUAAGGAAAAGUUUAAUAUUAAAGCCAUGUUUAUUACAGUAUAAUUAACAUUGUUAAACCAUGGGACAAAUGCAUCAAUAAAAAAUUAUGAAAUAUU